AUGUCUUCAACAACAGUCUUGGUCAGCGGUGCGAACAGAGGCUUGGGCAAGGGUAUUGUAGAACGCUUCCUCGCUCGCGACGAACAUACCGUCGUGGCCGCCGUCCGCGAUCCGAGCCACUUAACAUCAAAGGCCCUUGCGGAUCUGCCUACGGGCAAGCACAGCCGUCUCGUAGUCGUCAAGAUCGACUCGACCGUCGAGACCGACGCGCUCAAGGCCGCAGAUUCGCUCCGAGCACAGGGGAUCGACCGUCUGGACCUCGUUAUCGCCAACGCGGGCGUGGCUAUGGCCUACCCGAAGGUGUCAGAGCUCAGGGUCACGGAUCUGCAGGCACACCUUGGACCCAACGUGUUCGGCGUGGUCUGGCUGUACCAGGCGACGCUGCCGCUGCUGCGAGCAUCGGACUCGCCCAAGUGGGUCACGAUGGGUUCAACUGCGGGAAAUUUGUCGGGGCAGUUGCCUAUUCCUAACUCGGCAUAUGGGCCGUCCAAAGCGGCGGUUCACUGGCUCACGAUUAGGAUUGAUGCGGAAGAGGAGAGUCUGACCGCGUUCGUCAUUCACCCCGGUUUUGUCCAGACAGACAUGGGCAACCUUGGUGCUCGCACAGUCUUGGGUAUGGAGAAGGCAUCCAUAGGAGUCGAUGAGUCUUGCGAUGGGGUUGUAAAAGUCAUUGAUACUGCCACGAAGGAGUCACACGGGGGAAGGUUCUGGGACUUUGAGGGGAAGAGUUUGACAUGGUAA